UAUCUCUAUCCAAAAGUUAGUAGGAGUAAUUUUAUACGACCUUCCUACCAUAAAAUCAAAACAAAAGAAAAAUAGAAAUUGAAGAGUGACAAAAUACUACAAUUAUUGUGAAUAUAUACCAUUCCAAGUAGCAGGGAUGGGCAAGAACAACUAAAACUUUUCCUCACCGCAUUAUGUUAUGCCAGCUUGUUAGUUGAAAGAAGAAAAGAAAAAGAAAAAGAAAAAAGGAAAAAUCCUCAUCAUUUUGUUUUUGUAUAGCGUCGUCACUGUAUACAUAUUUCCUCUCCCACCCAAAAUGAACGGCGGCGACGCGGUUGAUGUGGAUGACCCGAAGGCCCCACUUCUUCCGCUUCAAGAUCCGACUGAGAGCGGAUCACGGAGCUUCAAUUCAAUUAUAAGAUCCAUUUUGACAUUGAACAACUUUUUCAUCCUGCUAGGGCCCUUAUUCUGCGCCGUGAUUUGCCUCUGCGUGGAGUUGAAUGGCGGCGGCGCCACCAGCCGGAACAUGCUGGGGGUGCUGGCGUGGAUCUUCACGUGGUGGAUGACGGAGGCGGUGCCGAUGCCGAUAACUUCGAUGGCGCCGCUCUUCCUCUUCCCGUUGUUCGGAAUCUCAACCGCCGACGACGUCGCCCAUUCCUAUAUGGACGACGUCAUCUCGCUUGUGCUUGGGAGCUUCAUUCUCGCGCUUGCUGUUGAGCAUUACAACAUACACAGGAGAUUAGCUCUCAAUAUAACAAUAUUAUUCUGCGGCGAACCACUGAAGCCGCCCCUUCCUCUGGGGAUAUGUGGGACGACAGCAUUCGUGAGCAUGUGGAUGCACAACGUGGCGGCGGCGAUGAUGAUGAUGCCCGUGGCAACCGGAAUUCUGCAGCGGUUGCCGACGGGUGACGAUCAGUCGGAGCUGGUGUCGAAAUUCUGCAAGGCGGUGGUGCUGGGGGUGAUAUACGCGGCGGCGGUGGGCGGGAUGAGCACCCUCACGGGGAAAGGUGUCAACCUGAUAUUGGUGGGGAUGUGGAAGAGCUAUUUCCCUGAAGCCGAUCCCAUCGCUUCAGCACUUGGUCUUUUCUUUGCUUUUCCUCUGGCCUUGCUCAUCUUCGCCGCGCUCUGGGCCAUUCUUUGCUUACUCUACUGUAGAAAGGGGACCAGUAAAGCGCUGUCUGAUUAUUUGGACAAGGCCCAUUUGAAGACAGAGCUCCAGCUGCUUGGUCCAAUGGCUUUUGCAGAAAAGAUGGUACUUGCUCUAUUCUCGAUUUUGGUAGUGUUGUGGAUGACACGGAACAUAACGGAUGACAUAGCCGGUUGGGGAUCUCUGUUCGGCGACCCGCGUAGGCGACGGAAACCGCCAGUGAUGGUGGCCACGCUACUAUUCAUAAUCCCAAACAAGAAACAGGCAGGUGAGAAGCUAAUGGACUGGAACAAAUGCAAGAAGCUGCCGUGGAGCAUCGUGCUGCCUGGGGCAGGCUUCGCCAUCGCCGAGGGCGUCCGCACCAGCGGCCUGGCCGACGUGCUGUCGGAGAUGCUGGCCUUCCUGGAGGCGGCGCCCUACUGGGCCAUAGCCCCCGCGGCCGGCAUUGUCAGCGCCGUCAUCACGGAGUUCCCCUCCAACAACGCCACCACCACUCUGGUGGUGCCCCUCUUGAUCCAGAUUGCAAAGACGAUGCAUCUCCACCCGCUGCUGCUCAUGGUCCCCGGUGCCAUCGGGGCGCAGUUCGCCUUCCUGCUGCCGACGGGGACGCCCUCCAAUAUCGUCGGAUUCAGCACGGGUCACAUUCAGAUCAAUGAUAUGGUGCUCGCGGGGACUCCCCUCAAAGUUGCUGGCAUUCUUGCUCUUUCCAUUCUCAUGCCUACCCUCGGGGUGUAUGUUUUUGGUACAGAUGAGCCAAUGCUUAACUUUUCAAGGAGUCGAAUGUAGCAAAUUCGGGUCUACCGUCCAAGUUUGGCUCCGACCGAUUUCUUGUAUAUGUAUAUUUUUUGGGAUGUAUGUAUUCUUCUUUAUUUUCUAAAUUGUAUCUAUUUAUAAAUUAAAAACAAAAAGAAAAGAAAAAGAGAGCGUCCAGUUCAAAUUAUGACGAGUAUAUCAAGGUUGAAAUCUGCGUUUAUUUUAUUUAUUUAUAAACGGGAAAA